CAUCAACCAGCAGAGCUAUGGGCAACCAGUGGCUUUUGCUGCUGCUGCUGCUAUUUAUUGGGGAUGGAACCCUCAAUCUGACUGGCAUUAUUGCCACCUGGGGGUGUGAGUCAGCUGUAACAAGUUCCACACCUAAGGAAAUCACAAUGUGUUCAGAUGCAUCCUCAGCUCUCCCCAACAGCCAGAGAGACAACACCCCUACAGUUCCACUUAAUGCCUCAGUCAGAAGCAGGAGGGCAGCAACAGCUGAGGCCCAGACGCAUACAACACCAGCUACAAUUUCAACUUCACUGCCAGCCUACAACUCUGCUGGGUCCACUGGGUGGGCAACCGCAAUGUAUAACCCUCAGGAGGAGAUAUUACAUACAGCUAACAUCACAGCCUCCAAGGGCACAACACUGUCAAAUUCCAUGGUGACUUCUACAUUGAAGGAACAGGGAGGGACAGCCUCAUCCACUACGGCCACUUCAGAUGAGACCUCAGAGCAGAAUCAGAGAGCUUCAGCUGCAGCCGCGUUAGCACCAAGUCCCACAGUCAAUAUAUUGGAAACAUCGGUGUCCACUGACUCUCAGAAGUCAUCCACUCUCAGAGUUCCAACAGCUUUAAGCACACCAGGCAAUGACAUUACAUCACCAGUGUCCAUGGCAACCACUGUCUCCAAGAAGUCAAUAUCCCCAACAACACUGAACAAAAUCACUGAUGUGAAAGGAUCUCCACCCGUGACAACCAGCACAGUUAUCCACACCAUUUCACUAACACUGACCAGCCUGGGAGCAACUGUUCUCGGGACAACCAUGUCUGGGACUCAGGAAGGGGAAACUGCAGCUGCACAACCCCCAGCCCCAACAAUAGCCCCCACAAUGGACACGCUGUCUGAAACACGUCACAGCAUCACCACACAGACACCCUCCGGUGCGGUGCAAUCAGCCCCCAGUGCUGGCCCUGCAACAGCCCAGCCACCUGAGAUAACGGCUAUUCACUCGACAGCCCUUGUCCCCAGCUCCUCAGGGACAAUAACCCCCCCUGCCAUGACUGGGGCCAGUCAAGCUUCCCCGAAGCCCACCCAGACCAGUAGUUCCGGAGCAGGCACCUGUGAUUCAGACGAGUACCUAGACAGCAAGGGAGUCUGUAUGUGCAAUGACAGCUACUACGCUCACUCAGAACUGUCUGGAGUAUUGGUGGCCCUGCACUGCAGGCCACAGAAAAUUGAGGUGGUCCUGAGAAGCUGCUUCCUGAAGGCUCGUCAUUGGAUCCUGAGGGAAGGUGCCUUCUCAGGAUGCUCCAGUGUCAGUGAGGUAGAGGAAGGUCUCGGUGCCCAAGUCUUCAGGAUGGAGAAGAAGGAGGGUACUUGUGGACUCCGCCUCUCUACCGAUAGCAGCCAUGCCCUUUAUUUGCUAGAGGAGCAUCUUCUGCAGGAGCUCCCUGGUAUUACCACUUCCAAUGCCACAAUGCUUAGCCUCAGUUGUGUGUACCCUCUGGUGGUGAACGUCAGCCAAACCCACCCCUAUCCGGUGACCUCCUUCCCAUAUAACACCAUCUAUGUCCCGGGGAUUGGGGACACCAUUGUCAUCCUGGGCAUCUUCACAGACCCUGAGCUCUCAUCUCCACUUGAGAACAGACCAUCUCCCCUUGGCAAGCUUCUCUACGUGGUCCUCAGAGCCACAAGCAGUGAUCCAGACAGAUUUGCCCUGGUGGCCAGUGAGGUCUUUGCCAGCACCAGCAUCUUCAUGACAGGUGCUGCUAAGGCCACCCAUCACUUUGUGAAGGAAAGCUGUCCAGUCAGCCACCAGUUGCUCUGGGGAUUGCAGGACAAAGGGGCCUCUCUGGAGGUGACAUUGGUCUUCAAACUGUUCCGCUUGAACAGCGAUAUGCUCUACCUGCAUAGCCGAGUGACCCUGUGUGACAAGCAGGUGGGACGCCCAUGCCAGCCGGAGCCUGGAUGGCUAUUUUUCUUCUGAUGGUGAUGGGGUGGAUACAAGGAUAAAAUCCUGCCCAGGAUAUAUGCUCCAACACUAGCCCUCGGCCUUUAGCUUAGUUGCUUGAAGGAAAGGUGAGGUGGAGGAAGAUUUAGGGAGAGGAAAUUACUGUUUGGUAAGGAAUGUGGCUGCUGAGCUCAAGCCAUGUUUCUUCACCCAAUUUUCCCCUUCCCAUCUCUGAUACUUUUCAAGGGCAAGAUCGAGCCACUCCAUUUGGCAGGGGGCAGAGCAGAACGUAUGCCCAAUAAACAGCAGGGAAUUAUA